UCCUCACCUCCACAACUCCCCCGUCACCCUCUUUUAACCCUCAUCCCAUGGCUGAUCCGCAAGGCGACGGCACCUUGGAAAGUCGCCGGAAGGGCGUGGGGAAGCGGCCUACCGGGAUGGUGGAGGACGUGGUUGAGGCGGUCGCCGUCACAUCUCUGUCGCCUGCGGCCCCUUGUGGGGCUUGCAAGUUCUUGAGGAGGAAGUGUGUUAGUGGGUGCAUAUUUGCACCCCACUUUGGAUCCGACCAGGGCGCAGCCAGGUUUGCGGCCGUGCACAAGGUGUUCGGCGCCAGCAAUGUGUCCAAGCUCUUAUUACACAUUCCCGUGAACCGGCGCCAUGAUGCCGUUGUUACCAUAUCUUAUGAGGCUCAGGCGAGGCUGUCGGACCCGGUUUAUGGCUGUGUCUCCACCAUACUUGCUUUACAACAACAGGUGGCGUCGCUACAAGCGGAGCUCGCAAUGGUGCAGGCACAGCUGAUAAACAGUAGGUUUGCAGUGGCAAACGCCUUCCAGAACUCUCAGCAGCAGCAGCAGCAUCAGAUUGCAGUGCUGCAGCCGGCAUACUCCAACAAUUCAACUGCAUCCAAUAAUCUCAUCAAUGUCGGCAGCUUCACCUCCAAUUUUGACAUUGCCUCAGAGACUGCUCCAUCUUCCCACAGCUUGGAGCCUCUUCAACUUUCCCAGCCAUCCCAAGAUGAGGACGAAGACGAGGAAGAGAGUCAGAACCCAGUCAUGUUCAGCAACGAGAUACUUCAUCGCCGAUGAGUACUUCUAGCAUCGAUUUUUUCCGCUCAUCUUCUCUGAUCAAGUGCCAUAUUUCUCAUGCGAAUGGUUUUUCGUUUUCCCCUUUUCCCAUUGCAUAAAUGCAAAUCCAUGCAUGUCCCAGUUCUUGUCCAUGAAAUCUAUGUGAAUUUCUGUUAAAAUUUCUCCUA